AUGACAAAGACCUCUGGCUCUUCUGAACCAAGAGUCCCUCAGCCCUUCCUGCGGUUCUGGCUGCCCCUGCUGAAGAUGCUCAACUCGCCCUCGUUCAUCCACCUGCUCCUGGAGAAGCUGUUYGCGGAGCUGAAGGUGGCRACCGCCGAGCAGACGGACCUCAGGGUGUUCUACCUUUCYGCCUGGGGCUCGGAGGUCCUUCUGUGCAACAGCAACAAGUUCGAGUUCCGCUUUGAACGGAAGACGCAGAAGAAGGCCCGGAUGAAGGACAGGAUCUUCAUGAACCGCAUCCAGCUGCGGUGGCAGCAGCUGCUGUCGGCGUGCCUGGACGCUCCCUGCGGCUCCACGCCUCACCUGCUGCAGCUCAUCCUGGACGACAUGGAGCACCCGCUGCCUCAGGACACCCAGCAGAAACUGCUCCAGCUCUGCUCCAUCUACACCCAGACCCCCGCCGUGGAGUUCAGCCUCCCCAGGGAGCAGAAGCAUCAGCCCAUAUACACCCUGGAGAGUCUGCAUGAGAAGCGGCGGCAGCAGCUGAGGCGCAGCGGGGAGAGGAGCGAGUCGUCCGGCGACCUCCAGUGGAUGGAUGUUCUGACUGAAAAAGCCAAGGUGCUCAGAGGUUCUCCGUGGCAGGUGUGCUCCGAUAAGGUCUUAUGGAAGAACUUUCCUCUCGGGAAGGUUCCCGGACAGUCGGACGACCCGUCGUCCCUCAUGGUGGAAACCUACUCGGCGAUGACRGUGUGYGAGCAGCCGGUGGAGAUGGAGAGCAGCCGGGGACAGAACGUCUCUGGGGUCCCUGGACCYGCUAGGGCCGCAGAGGGUCUCAUCUGGAACCAAAGUGAUGUAAACAGACUGAAAUGUGGACUCAAGCUGUUUUGAGUUGUGCUGWUCAGYAGAUAAAUUAGCUGGGAAAUCCACAGAUACCAACUUGGUACGCAGAAUGAAAGUAUGUUGUCAGUUAUCAGUUCAGUUCAUGAAUAACUAACUGGAUCUGAGUAAAGAAACCUGUUAAAGUGUCA